UAUUGUGAAAGCACUGCAUUCUUUGGUAUUGUGCUUUUAAUUAUGAUGUUGCUAUUGGAAGUAGAUGGCUCUCUGUUACUGUUUACAGCAGUGCAGCCAGGGACGCGCUGCCACGAAUGCUUCACCAGGCAAACUAAAGCAAGAGUUCUGCUUCCAGCAUGAACUUUAACGCUUGGUUUCACAGACCCCAUGAGCACUUCUCUUACCUAAAAUAACAUCGCGCAGGGAUCAGUGCUAAUCGGGGUCUGUGAAACCAGCCAUUUUAGUGUUCUCAAGUGCUUUUGGUUUUCAAAACUGCUCACACUAAUGUGAAAGAAAGUUAGUUUUUAAAAAAAAAAAACAGACAAGUUAUGUUGUUUAACUGUAGAUUGAGUAACAUAACAUUUGUAAAAAAAAAUAGAUAAAAAAAAAAAACAAUUUGCGGGAAAAAUAUAACGUUGUGUAUUGUUUCGGGGUAAAUGAAAAUGAAUCCAGUAAAGAUUGAAUUUAAAAGUAUAAUACAUUUCCAUUCUGUAAACAGCCAUGUUUGAGGAUAUUCACCCAGAACAGCCAGUGCGUUCCAACGGUAGAUACACACUUACUGAUGAAUAAGUUAUAAGUACGCUUCAUCUUGCUGUUUUAGGUCCCCACCCCCAUUGCAUACUUGUCCAGAUUACCUAAGCCUAUUGUGUCAGUGCAAGUUUUGUGGCUGUUAAUAUGUUUCACACAAGGAGCUCUGUGCUGAGAUAAAAUAUUGCCGGUUCUAUGUUCUUCGCUUGUUUGCACCUGAGCAGCAUCUUCGUAACUCCGCACCCAAAACCAAGACAAUUCUGCACAGCACCUGAGCUCGGUAUCGAGUGCCGCCGGAGUGAAAUAAAAAUAACAGCUCGGGUGCGUCGAGUUUUACUCGGCAAGAAUCUUUUUUUAAAGAAGCUGAAAAAUGGGACCAAAAACAGACUAUAUUGAUGGACAUCGGCAGUUAAUAAACACAGGAGAAGAAAACGAAAUGGAAGUGUUUGGCUAUAAAACUCAGAGCUGCCGUCAGGCUCUGUGCAUUGUGGGAGGCUUGCUGACCUGCGGCUUCCUGUUCCUGCUGCUGCACUGGAAGCCUGAGUGGAACGUGUGGACCAACUGCACCCCCUGCUGUUUAGAGCAGGCUGACGUGGUGCUGCUCCGAACCACUGAUGAUUUUCAAAGCUACAGGCGUAAGGCAGUGCUGUGGGUGAGCCUGGCUGCUGGGAGCUGUGACGGGUCAGGAGGUCACCCUGAGGCCCCUAUUCUGUCUGCCCAGAUGCAUCUCCUCAAAAAAAACAUUGUGACCCCCGAGCUAAAGUUUCGCUUUAUCCAAGUUCAGAGGGUGAAGUAUAUCUGGGACCUGACAGGCAAACAGUUUGUCAAAGUGCAGGGGCUAGAUGACAGCUUGUCCAGCCGGGACAUCCACUCCUUGUCUGGGGAUGGGUUGUCGAAAGAGGAGCAGGAGGUCAGGAGGGUCAUUGUGGGGCCCAACACCAUUCAUAUUGACAUUCCUCCCAUCUGGAAGUUGUUGUUUAAAGAGGUGCUGAACCCGUUCUAUGUGUUCCAGGUGUUCUCUGUGAUCCUGUGGUUCACGGAGCAGUACAUCGAGUAUGCAAUCACUAUUGUAAUCAUGUCUGUCAUCUCCUUAGCGCUGUCUGUGUACCAUGUGAGGCAGCAAUCUCUGAAGCUGCACAGCCUGGUCGCCUAUCACAACAACACUCUCAUCACUGUCUGCCGGAAGGAUGAAGGCUGGAAGGAGGUGCUGUCCAGUCAGCUGGUCCCCGGGGACAUCUUCCAAAUCACAGGAAGUAAACAGAGCGUGCCGUGCGACGCAAUCCUGCUGUCGGGGGGUUGUGUCGUCAACGAGAGCAUGCUGACAGGGGAGAGUAUCCCGGUGGUGAAGUUGGCCCUGUCUCAGCUGGAGGGCCCGGGCCCCUGGAUGACUGGUGGCUCUGAUAGUUUCAAGCGGCACAUCCUGUUCUGUGGGACUCAGGUGAUCCAGACCAGGACGGACGGGCAGGGAGUGGUCAGAGCAGUGGUGCUGCGGACCGGGUUCAACACUGCCAAGGGACAGCUGGUGCGCUCCAUCAUGUACCCCAAACCCACCAACUUCAAACUGUACCGGGACGCUUCCCGAUUCCUCGUGUUCUUGAUUACCACCGCGCUCCUUGGGGUGGUCUACUCUGUGUGUGUGUGGAGCCUCAACGGGCAGGAGUCUGCAGGCCAGGUGAUCAGUAAGGCUCUGGAUGUGAUCACCAUCGCGGUGCCCCCCGCCCUGCCCGCUGCCCUGACGGUGGGGAUUCUCUAUGCUCAGAGGAGGCUGAGCCGGAGCGGCGUGUUCUGUAUCAGCCCCCAGAGGAUCAACAUGUGCGGACAGAUGAACCUGGUGUGCUUUGACAAGACAGGCACUCUCACGGAGGAUGGACUGGAUCUGUGGGGUCUGAGUCUGGCAAAGGACAGCAGUUUUGCCCCUGUAUUCCAGUUCAGCCCUGGCGUUGUGCUCCCCUGGGGUCCCAGCUUUGUUGCCAUGGUGACCUGUCACUCACUGAUCCUCAUUGACGGGGUGCCGCAGGGGGACCCCCUUGAGCUCAAGAUGUUCGAGGCGACAGCCUGGGUGGUGGAUGAAGAUGCUGAGAAAGGGACCCAGAGCGUGCUGAUGAAACCCGGGCCCCAGGCCAGCAAGGCUCCAGUGGCUGGGGUCCUGGUGCUGCAGCAGUUCCCCUUCUCCUCAGGCCUGCAGAGGAUGUCUGUGCUGACCCUUGAGCUGGGCAGUGACGAGCUGGUGGUGUACCUGAAGGGGGCGCCAGAGAAAGUGGCCAGUCUGUGCCGGCCGGAGACAGUCCCUGCCUCCUUCCCUGCCCACCUCUCUCUCUACACACAGCAGGGCUUCCGGGUCAUUGGCAUGGCAUACAGGUCACUGGGGCUAGCGGGGGACCUCUCCAGCAUAUCCAGGGAGGCUGUGGAGUCAGAGCUGACCUUCCUGGGCCUGCUGAUCCUGGAGAACCGACUCAAACCAGAGACCAGACCGGUCCUGCAGGAGCUGAGCAGCGCACACAUCCGCAGCGUCAUGGUGACAGGCGAUAAUCUGGAGACGGCAGUGACUGUCGCUAACGAUUCUGAAAUGGUUCCGAAGCACAGUCGAGUUAUCCAGGUGGAGGCAGCCCCUCCCUCGGGAUCAAACCCUGCCUCUGUGACCUGGAGACUGCUGGUGGAGCCCAAACACAACUGCAGCACCAUUGACUCCUGCGUUAUUACGGAGCUUGAUCAGAACAGUAGCGAUUACCAUUUUGUCAUGACGGGGAAAACCUACGAAGUGAUCCUGCGACACUUCCACAGCCUGUUGCCCAAGCUGCUGCUCAACGGCACGGUGUUCGCUCGCAUGUCUCCUGGACAGAAGACCAGCCUAGUGGAGGAGUUCCAGAGACUUGAGUUUGUUGUGGGGAUGUGCGGUGAUGGGGCCAAUGACUGUGGGGCCCUGAAAAUGGCCCAUGCUGGGAUCUCGCUGUCAGAACAGGAUGCGUCAGUGGCAUCCCCAUUUACCUCCAAAAUCGGCAGCAUUGAGUGUGUGCCGCUGCUCAUUAGAGAAGGCCGUGCAGCCCUGGUCACCUCGUACUGUAUGUUCAAAUACAUGGCUCUGUACAGCAUGAGCCAGUACCUGGGUGUGCUGCUGCUGUACUGGCAACUGAACAGCUUUGGGAAUUACCAGUUUCUGUUUGAGGAUCUCGCCAUUAACACAGUCAUUGGAUUUACAAUGAAUCUGAAUCAUGCCCACCCCAAGCUGGCGCCACGGUGCCCCCCUGCCAAGCUUAUGUCUCCUCCGAUGCUGCUCUCCGUGGUGCUGAAUAUCAUGCUCAGCCUGGCUCUGCAAAUCGUUGGUUUCCUUGUGGUGCAGCAGCAGGCCUGGUACCUGCCCAAUGAUAUCUACAGUGCCUGCGCCCCUGGGAAUGCCAGCUCCAGCGCAGGGAAUGGGACUCACAACUCCACCCUCAGUGUUCCCAAGCCGGAACCUGGGUUCAAGAGCUACGAGAACACCACCGUCUGGCUGCUGUCUCUCUUCAGCUGCAUCAUGGUGGCCUUCGUCUUCUCCAGGGGGAAGCCCUUCCGCAAGGCAAUCUACACCAACUAUCUCUUUGUGUUGGUGCUGCUGUCUCAGUUAGCAGUCUGUCUCGUCUUCCUCUUCGCAGACGUCCCCGGGCUCUAUCAGUUCAUGGACCUGGUGUGCACCCCGACCGCGUGGCGACUUUAUAUCCUGGUCAUGCUGGUUGUCUACUUUGUAGUUGCGUUGGCGAUCGAGGAGUUCAUCAUUGAGAACAGGGCCCUGUGGUGGUGGCUGAGGCGCUGUGCGGGGGUGCAGUCUCAGAGCUGCUACAGGAAGCUGCAGAGAGCACUGGAGAAAGAGGCAGACUGGCCCCCCAUCUCAGGGACACAAUACGCUGGGAGCAGCAUGGCCUUUGACAACACAGCCUUUGAGGAACACAUGGAAACUGGACAGUGACAUGCAUUGCAGCACCAGGGUCCCCAGAUCAGCACCUCUCAUGAAGUUAAUGCAGUGGCAUUGUGGCAUGAUUUGCAUUUGUUUGUAAAUACAUCAUUUUACAUAAAAGAAGCAGCAGCUUCCUAACAUUCAAGUGCAAUUUCCAUACCUUAGUGCAGUGAAUAAAAAACACAUGAUUUUAGUAAUUUUAUCCAGACUUAGGUGCCCCAGCACUCCCUCUCACAUUUAGCUGAACCAGGCAUUGCAGCUGGACUCGGGUCCAUGUUAAAGGACUGGAACAAUGCACAGCAUUGUUGAUCUGUGCAUGUCGUGCAUGUGGCUGCUUCAGCAGUUGUGCUUUGACUCUGUGAGAUUCGGUGUGAGGAUGAAGGGAGCAAGUCACUGUUGUGUAUUGCAGUGUGCAAGUAUUGCAAGUAUUGUACGUUCAUAUGGGAAAAUAAGUAUGGGAUUUGGUUGGGAAAGAUCUUAUUGGAAAAUCCGGAGCAAUAGAAUAUGAGGAAAAGUAUCGUAGGAAAGACAUUUAUGAGGUUAUUAUUAUUAUUAUUAUUAUUAUUAUUAUUAUUAUUAUUAUUGUUAUUAUUAUUAUUUCACAUGAGCUUUAUUAUUAGAUAACCGUCAUUUACAUACAGGCAAAUAUUAACACCACAAACUUUGUAACUGGCAAAAACCCAAAAAAGGUUUAAUAGAUUCUUGUCGUUUACACCACAGUGAGAAAGGCACAGAAAUGCAGUCCCCACACUUUACACAGCUUCAUCUCAGCAGCUUGUGAAAGUAGAUCAAGGAAAAACAAUAUAACUUUAAAACCAUUAGAAAAUUGGUAAACCUUGUUGAGUGUCCAUUUUGUUUACAUUCUCCAAUUGCAGGCUGUUUAAUCAAUUUAACCACCGCCACUUGGGGUAUCUGUAGGGCGUCUGAUUUUGGGGUUU